UUGUGGCUCAGUCAAGUCCAUAUCGCUUCGCAUGCCAGGUACCGAACCCUGCGUACACCCUGCAGCUCGCCAGCCCCUCCUUCUGCCGCAGAGAACAUGGAGUACGGGACGUGCGGGACGGCCGAGAACCAGCAUAAGAAGCCAUCUGUCUACAAAGUCCACGCUGCGCUCGUGGCCGGCUACUGCCUGUUCGCUGGGGGCGCCAUCAUCGGCAAGUUUGGAGUCCACGACACCAGCGCCAUCAUCUUCGAGCUGAUUCGGGAGAUGUUGUCGGUGAUCGCCCUUGCAGUAGGCCUGUACAUCUUCGGGGUCAAGCCAUUGCCUGCGCGGGAAGACAUCCCACAGCUGCUUCUGGCUGGCGUGGCGUUUUUUUUCAACCAGAUAUUCUGGUUCGUGGCCCUGAAGUUGGCUGACCCCGUGACAGGCUCCGCGUGGCAGACGUUUUUGCCAAUUUUGACAGCGCUGCUAGCGGUGAUUCUCGGUCAGACCAAGCUGGAGGGGAUGAAGGCGAUCGGAAUCCUCAUCUCUACCCUCGGCGCUGCUUUCAUGGUGGUGUUCGACAGCCGGCCGAGCAAGGCGGUUACCUCGGACCAGGGGUUGUUGGUCCGUGCGGUCAGCCACCUCAUGUUCUUCGGCAACAUUGCAGGCACCGCCGGGUAUUUCAUCAUCAUGAACAGGUUCGGCAACAGGUACACCCCUGUGCAGACACUCACGUGGUCAAUAUGCACCAGCCUCGCAUUGCUUGCUGUCACCGCCAUAUUGAUGUUCACAUUCAGGCCACUGCAUCAGGUGCUCUGCCACGACGACACACAGUUCCUGAUAGACAGAUGUAUGAAUCAGGGCAUGUGGUUGCCAACAACAGUUUAUUUCCCGUUGUUUUACGAGGUGGUAAUCUGCACACUCGUGGCUUGGCCGUUGCUGAAUUGGGCAAACCAGCACACUGACCCCGCUGUGGUCUCUGUGUACAUGGGCCUGCACCCAGCAGCUGUCACCGUCAUCUGCAUGGCCAUCGUGGGCGUGAUGGGAGCUCCGUGGGCCCAUCAGUUCCACAUCGGUAUGCCCCGCCUCAAGGACUUCGGUAUCGUGGGGAUCGUCCUGGGCCUGACGGUCGUCUUCCACUGUGAGCUGAAGGUGACCAAGAAGACAACGCUACAGGACAAACACUCCAAGAGCAAGGUGUAG